GUAUUUAUGUGUAUAUUGGCUGGGUGUGGCUAAAAGGCGUUAAAAGCAGGGGUUACUUGUUACCCAGUUUCUAUAUUGUUUUUUUUCUUUUGAUGAUGCGCGCGCACUUGAAUUUGUACAUCUUGCGAUUUGUUUGCCUUUAACACUCAGUUCAAGGUAGAUUUUCAUUGGCACUGGACGUUAUUGAAUUGAAGCUUUGACAUGAAUAUGAACUUGUUAUUGGGCAAUUGCGUUGGGAGUUGUGACCAGUUAGCAGGUCCGCCACCAGAUUUUAUACUAUCAAUGCCGCCGCCGCCGCUGCCCUCGUUUCUCAUCUCGAAGCCCAAGCACAUCGAUAUACUCUUGCCCUCGAAUGAGUCGCAGCCAUGUUUUGCGGCCUUUAUGUGCAGCCAGGGUGGCCAGCAUAAUGACAGUGGCAACGAGUUAAUGGAGCUGGUGCGCAGCGAUACCAAAAGUCUGGAGAAUAUUUGGUUCUUUGUCUCCUCCUGCAUAGGCAUAUUCGUGCUGGGCUGCUUUCUAGCCCUGAUUGUAAUCCGCUGCAGAGACUCAUUUUUCAGCUAUCACGAUGCUAAUAUUAAGCAAACGGCCAUCAAUGCGCUGGGUGAGGCAACCAAGUCGAAUGCGUUUACCUCGGGCGGAAUUUUGUAUCCUUGUGCCACCGCCAACAGUCGCGACUUGCUGCAAAGCCAACUGGUGAACGAUAGUCGUCUGCUUUGGGCCACACUGACGCCACAUGGCACACGUCACUUCAUCAUUGAGAACUCACAGGAUGCUGGACACUAUGAGUCCGUAGAUUAUCGCAGCAAGGCGCACACUCAAGUAUUUCGUGGCUAUGCCAAGCCCACGCAAUCCUUUGUCAAGUCCUUUGAUAACAAUGGCUUUGUUGACUACGACUAUGAGGAUCCUACACCUCUGAUGGAUUCCUAUCACGAUGACAUGGACUCGGGCUAUCAGGAGCCGCAUGAGGUUACCGGCUCGCUCAAGCGCUCACCUUGCACCAUGCGCCCAGUGGCCACAUCCAGCUCCGCAGCACAGGAUAUAUCCAAUGCGCCCUCAGCUGCUAACAACUCGCUCUCUAUAAGUCGCAAGACAACGCUCUCUAGACGCAUCAGUGAUGCUUCCUCUUCUCACAAUGGCACAUCUAUGUAAACAACUAUUAAAUACAUAAGCUUUGCUACACUCGCAAUCAUUUCCAAAGCCAGCAGCAAUAAUAAUAUUGAUAAUAAUUAUAUGAAUACUAAAGCACAAAAUUCAAACAAAGCGCAAACGCUUAACCGGAAAAAGAGAAUGAGAGAAAAACAGAGAGCUAGUGACGUCCAAAGAAACAGAGAAACGAAAAUAUAAAAACAAACAAUUAAUUAAAGCAUACAUACUAUAUAUGAAUACUCCAAUUCAAAAGACAUUUUAGGCUUAAGCGUAAUUAGCGGUAUAUUUAAAACUCCAGUGUUGGAAACGUCGCAGAAACGCAAUAACUAAAAAACAUCAAGUGCAGUGUCUACUGUAACUAACUUGCAAGCAAUAUAUAAACAUAAAUACUUUUUUGUUAUUGCUCAACUUAUUAACAAUACAACAGCCAGCUGUAGAUGAAGAAAUUCAUUGUUAAGUAAUGAACAGUAAAUCAUAUUGAAU